AAGAUACAGAGUCUCGUCGUUGGGCUUCAUCAAUAAGCUCGACACUUUUUCCACACUUAGGAAAGGGACAUGUAUUUGCAGAUAUCAUAAUGGAAGUUUGGUUACCAGUGAAAACUGCUUCAGACUUGCUAGUUUCAAAUCUCGGACGUAUCAAGAACAAAAAAGUUCAUAUUUUGGUUGCGCAAGCAUUCAUCCCUAAUCCAGAAAAUAAACUCUAUGUUAAUCAUAUCAACGGUAUUAGGUGUGAUAAUCGAGCUAUUAAUUUGGAAUGGGUAACUCCUAAAGAGAAUGCUGAGCGUACAGUAUUUCGAAAUCCUGGUCGUAGUUCCACACGAAUCAUACAAAAGUCAUUAGAUGGGAAUGUUGUUCAUAUUUGGGAUUCUAUCACUCUUGCAUCUAAUACUCUUAAUAUAGUAAAGAACUACGUAAAACAAGAUCCUAAUGAAGAAUGGAGAGAAAUAGAGAUUAAUUUACGAAAAUUCAGAGUUUCAUCUUUAGGGAGAGUUUGGUUAAGGAAUGAAUAUGUGAAUCAUAUUGACGGAGAUUCUACAAAUAAUAAAGCAUCAAAUCUCGAAUGGUGUACACCAAAAGAAAAUAAUUAUCAUGCUGUGCGCAUCGGGCUUCAGCGACAAUGUGGUGUUAAGCAGAUUUUUGAUGAUGGAUCUUUCCGAGAAUUUCCAUCCAUAGCUGAAGCACGGCGUGUUACUGGAAUUAAUCAUAUAGGACUAGUAUGUCGGGGAUUUCAAAGACAUGCGGGAGGGUAUCGUUGGGAAUAUGUUACGCAAUAA